CAUAUAAGUCUCCGUCUUCGGCGGCAGGCUCAUCACUUCAGACUCACUGGGACGUCCAAUCACCUGGAAGAGAGCAAGCUUCAGGACUUUGGAGCGAGUAGGACGAUUCUUUGAGCAGAAACCAAGAGUGAAAUCUACAAAACCAAGAUGGGAAAGUUUGUUUUUGCUGUUGUUGCAGCUGUUGCAUCUCUGGUUUUGGUGGAGUCCCUGACAUGCAACAAGUGCUCCUUCAGUCUGUUGGGGAACUGCCUGAACGCAGUUAAUGAGACCUGCCCCUCCAACUCUAGUGUGUGUUACACUGGAAGAGCCACGUUCCCGUCUCUGCCAGACUUUGUGGGCUUCAACAUCCAGGGCUGCAUUGAAAACACCACCGGCUGUGACGCAACCACCCCUGACACCAUGCUGGGUGUCGCCUACAACACCAAGAUCACCUGCUGCUCCACCGAGAGCUGCAACCCCAUCACACUCAGCGCCGCUCCGUCCAACAAGAUGACCUUCAGCGCCGCCGUCGGUGCAGCCGUCCUGGCCUCCGCACUGGGAAGCAUUUUGUAAUUUAAUACGAAAGCUGAUCUACGUGUUUGUACACAACAGGUGCAUCUGAGUAAAAUCAAUAAUUAAAUCAAUGCAAUACUAACUUGCUCAGAGCCAGAGCUACUCAAAUCAUGGUUUAGUUGUUUGCAGAUGUUUAAGUCAGGGAAGUUGAUCAAUGGGAUGUUUCAGAGAAAUAUUGAGGUUGUUAAUCUUCCUUGAUGAUGUUUUGUUUAUUUUGUUUGUGCAUUUUUUAAUCAAAAUUUAUUUUUCCCUGUAAGUUUUUUUCCAUAAUAAACUAAGCUAUCUCUAUCUAUGAAAACAA